AUGUCUUCUUCAAAUGAUACUCUUGAUGAUUGGUAUACUAAUGCAACAAUACAAAUAAAUCGUUAUUUGACAAUAAUUGUCUUUUGUUUUGGUACUAUUGGUAAUAUACUUAAUAUUCUUAUUGUAUCACAACGACCAUUUCGAUCAAAUCCAUGUAUGUGGUUAUUUCUUAUAUCAUCAUAUGCUAAUCUUCUAUCUAUAUUAUUUGGUCUUACAACACGUAUUAAAUCUGGUUGGAGUUAUGAUGUCACAGAUACAAAUGCUUGUUUAUGUAAAAUUCGUGCUUUUAUUGUAUUUACAUCACGAACAAUAGCUUCUUGGCUAAUUACAUUAGCUACAAUUAAUCGAUGGGCUUCAUCAUGUAUUAAUGCUAAUUAUAGAAGAAUGAAUACAUUAAGAAAAGCUCAACAAGGUACAAUUAUAAUUAUUUUAAUUUCAAUUUUACUUUAUGUUCACAUGUUUUAUUGUUACGAUGCUAAUCGAACUGAUGUUCCAUUGAACUGUUAUAGUAAAACAAUUUUAUGUCGUCAUUUAACUGAUCUUACAUAUGGAUUUAUUACUGUAUUAUGUCCUUUAUUUCUUAUGUUUAUAUUUGGUUUUAUGACUAUUUUAAAUGUACGACAAAGUAAACGUCGUACGUAUAAUCUUAUUUUAAAGGUAAUAGACCAAAAUAAUACAAAAAUAUUAGAUGAUCAACAUAAACGAUUAAAGAAAAAACCAGAUUAUCAUCUUCUUUUGAUUCUAUUUGUUCAAAUAUUCCUUCUUACUUUACUAACACUUCCACAAGCUAUUCAAAAAAUAUAUUCAACAAUUAUUCAAAAAAAUUCUUUGAAUUCAUUAGAUGAAGCUAUUAAUGAUUUUAUUUAUAGUUUUGUACUGCUUCUUUCAUUUAUAGCUAGUGGAAUACCAUUCUAUAUUUAUACAUUAUGUGGUGGAAAUAUUUUUCGUCGAGCAUUAUAUAAUCUUAUUAAUAUGAUUAAAAAUAAAAUUACAUGUCAAUCAUUAGAGAUUUUAUGA